AUGGCGUCCUCCACUCCGCCCCCACACUGCACCUUGACCACCUCUAAACCCUACCAAAAUCAUCACCACAAUCACCCCCACCUCCGCCCCUCUCCUUCUUCCCAUCCCCCUUCCUCUAUUCCCCGCCCCCCUCAAUCCCACCGCUCCGUCUCCUUCAACCGAUCCCAUGUCCCUCCCCCUCCUCCCGCCGCCGCCCUUUCCUCCAAUCCCCAGCUUGCUGCCGACUUCUCCGGCCGCCGAUCCACCCGCUUCGUUUCCAAGAUGCAUUUCGGCCGUCCCAGGACUUCCUCCGCCUCCAGCCGCCACUCCUCCGCCGCCGAGGACGCCCUCCAGCAGGCCGUCCGUUUCAGCGGCGACGAUUCACGUGUCGACGCCAUCUUGCUCUCUCUUCAGGCCUCUCUCUCCGUGCCUGACGAUUACGCUUUCUUGCUCCGGGAACUCGGCAACCGUGGUGAAUGGUCCAUGGCCUUGCGCUGCUACGAAUUCGCCGUCCGCCGCCUCUCCCGCCGGCGCAACGAGCAAGGUAAGCUUGCCAGUACUAUGAUUAGCACUCUUGGUCGGUUAGGCAAAGUGGACUUAGCCAAAGGGGUUUUUGAUAAGGCUGUCUUUGAAGGCUAUGGUAGCACUGUUUAUACUUAUUCCGCUUUAAUCAGUGCUUAUGCUAAGAGUGGUUACUGUGAUGACGCCUUCCGGGUGUUUGCCACCAUGAAAGAUUCCAACUUGACCCCUAAUUUAGUCACUUACAAUGCUCUGAUCGACGCUUGUGGGAAAGGUGGAGCCGAUUUCAAAAGGGCUUCUGAUAUUUUUGAUGAAAUGUUGAGGAAUGGUGUCCACCCGGACAGGAUUAGUUAUAAUUCCCUCCUUGCCGUCUGUGCUGGGGCAGGACUAUGGGAAAAGGCCAAAUCUUUGUUUGAUGAGAUGCUCAGGAAAGGCAUUGAUCAGGAUAUUUAUACGUACAACACUUUGUUGGAUGCUGCUUGUAAUGGUGGACACAUGGAUGCAGCUUUUGACAUUAUGGCCGAGAUGUCAGCCAAGCAUAUCAUGCCGAAUCAGAUCAGUUAUAGUACGGUGAUUCGGGGGUGUCACAAGGCUGGAAAAUUAGACAAGGCUUUGAACUUGUUUCACGAGAUGAAGUUCACUGGUAUGAAGUUAGAUAGGGUGUCUUACAACAAUUUACUUGGAAUUUACGCUAGUCUUGGUAGGUUUGAGGAAGCUUUGACCCUAGCCCAGGAGAUGGAGAGUAUGGGAAUCAAUAAAGAUGUUGUUACUUACAAUGCCCUUAUUGAUGGUUUUGGGAAGCAAGCUAGGUACGAUAAGGUGAAGGAGCUCUUUGCUAAAAUGAAAGCCGAGGGCCUUUCGCCUAACCUAUUAACUUAUUCCACUUUGAUCAGCGUUUAUUCUAAAGGAGGGCUCUAUAAAGACGCCAUGCAGGUUUACAAAGAGUUUAAGAAACACGGGAUGAAAGCAGAUGUUGUUUUUUAUAGUAACCUUAUUGACGCGCUGUGCAAGAAAGGAUUUGUAGAAUCAUCUGCAUUGCUGCUAGAUGAGAUGAUGGAAGGUGGCAUCCAGCCGAACGUUGUCACAUACAAUUCUAUAAUUAAUGCUUUUGGUUGGUCUGUGGGUCCAACUGAUUAUCCUUUAGAUGUUGGUGAGCAACCUAUCAGACCUGUGGUCUCUGUUCAAGAUGUCAAAGUGAGCAAGCCUGUCGUUAAGGGUGAUGAUAGGAUAAUAAAGAUUUUUGAGCAAUUAGCUUCUGAUGAACCAGCCUUGCGUGAAGAAAUUAAGAGGGGGCAAAAGCAGGACUUCCAAUGUGUGUUGAAAGUUUUCCAAAAGAUGCAUGAAAUGGAAAUAAAACCAAACGUUGUCACCUUCUCUGCUAUCCUGAAUGCCUGCAGCCGAUGUAGCUCAUUUCAGGAAGCUUCUUUGUUGCUUGAGGAACUUCGUUUAUUUGACAAUCAUGUCUAUGGAGUAGCACAUGGGCUUCUCAUGGGUAAUGAUGAAAAAGUUUGGAGGCAAGCCCUUUCCCUUUUUGAUGAAGUGAAACGGAUGGAUUCCUCAACUGCAUCAGCCUUUUACAAUGCUUUAACUGAUAUGCUAUGGCAUUUUGGUCAGAGAAGAGGUGCUCAAUUGGUGGUGCUUGAAGGAAAACGCCGUCAGGUAUGGGAGAGUACAUGUACCUAUUCUUGCUUAGAUCUGCAUUUGAUGUCUUCUGGUGCUGCACGUGCUAUGGUUCAUGCAUGGCUACUGGACAUACGCUCUUUUGUUUCUGAAGGCCAUGAGCUUCCUGAACUUGUAAGCAUUUUAACAGGAUGGGGGAAGCACAGCAAAGUUGUGGGUGAUGGAGCGCUUAAACGUGCUGUUGAGGCCUUACUCACAAGCAUGGGGGCACCGUUUUGGGUUGCCAAGCGCAACAUCGGUAGGUUCAUAUCGACGGGAGCUGGGGUAUCUUCAUGGCUGAAAGAAUCAGGCACCCUACAAGUUCUUGUUCUCAAAGACGACAGAACUUAUCCCGAAAGCUCUGACGCUGUGCUAUCUGAUUUACAGCCACUUCCAUUGUAA